AUGGUGUUGGAGAAAUUGAUGGGAUCGAAGGCUGAAAAAUCCCCAGGGCCUCAUAAUCUGCCUUCCAGAGUACUUAAGCAAGUGGCCCUAGAAAUAGAGGAUGCAGGGCUGCAUGAUGGCUCAGUGGCGAAGUUUGUGGAAAAGAACAAUGAUGCCUUACACAUGUCCUUGGAAUCAUUGGUGUCGGAAUCAAAGGAUCCAUUUGUUCGGAAACUUUUUGAAGGAACCAACAACAAUAAGGACACAAAACAGAAGGCAGGAAAACUGAGCUUCAUUAGCGUUGGAAAUAAAUUCAAGACUCAGUUGAAUCUGUUGCUUGACAAGUUACGGAGCACAGGAUCCAGCUUUAUUCGAUGCAUCAAACCUAAUCUCAAAAUGACAAGUCAUCAAUUUGAAGGGGCGCAAAUUUUGUCCCAACUUCAGUGUUCAGGUAUGGUGUCUGUGCUAGAUCUCAUGCAGGGCGGAUUUCCAUCACGGGCUCCAUUCCACGAACUUUACAACAUGUACAAGAAGUACAUGCCUCCAAAGCUCUGCAGGUUGGACCCCAGGCUCUUCUGCAAGGCACUGUUCAAAGCCUUGGGUCUCAAUGAGAAUGAUUACAAGUUUGGUCUUACCAAAGUCUUUUUCAGACCUGGCAAGUUUGCAGAGUUCGAUCAGAUCAUGAAGUCUGACCCAGAACAUCUAUCAGUGUUGAUGGCACGUGUGAAUCACUGGCUUAUUUGCAGCCGUUGGAAGAAGAUUCAGUGGUGUGCACUGUCUGUCAUUAAAUCCUGCUGCACCCAGCUGUCACCUGCUGGAACUGGGUGUCAGUCAGAUCCUGGAGUGCCCAAAGCAGCAGAACCACAUCUCCAGCAAGACCCUGAUCGCAGCAUGUACACCAACUUUGUGAAGUUGGCCGGCUGA